AUGCACCGGAGCUGCCUGCCCCCCAUCCUCCAUCACCUGGCCUGGCAUCGACUUCCGAGAGUGGACCCUCUACACCCGGAGGGACAUGACUCCCCCGGGGCACCUGGAUUGGACAUCACCCCGGAUGGACAUGACUCCUCCGGGGAUCCUGGACGAGACUUCUCUCCGUCAGCAGUCCAGCGCGUCAGAGCACCCGGAUCUGAAAACACCCUGGUGGGACAUGACUCCCCUGGGGCACCUGGACGAGACUACUACACCGGACAUGACUUUUCCCCAGUGGGACAUGACUCCCCUAAGGAACCCUAUGGCCAAUACCCCGUGGGCCAUGACGCCCCAGGGUCCGCUGGCGAACUCGGCGCCCUAGUGGUACCUAGUCCCACUGGGGUGUCUGGCCGGAGCCUGUGGCCGAUGGCCGGCUCCCCGGGCCGAUCGGAGAGUGGUAACGCUUCCCGAGCGGACCGGGGGGCGGAUUCGGGUCGGAGGCCCGGGCUAAACCACCCGAGGGGGAACCUGAACCGGUAA